GGAACACAGACUGCGUGUUUCGCCGAAGCCCAACCCCUCUUCAAAACACUUAUCACGCGCUCUGCUCCCUCCCGAUACAAAACACAGACACACACACUCUUAAUUUCUCUCGCUAAACCCACGAAUCCAUACUCCCAUUCGCUUUCUCCGUGAUCAUUUUCCGGCGAGAUCUCUGAUACUCCGUCGGAAAAUCCUGAUCGGAUCCGCUAUCUCUGAACUGCGAUUCACUUAGCGAUUUCGAAAGAUCCGAUUAGAUAUGGCUCCAGUUUCGGCUCUUGCGAAGUACAAGCUCGUCUUCUUAGGAGAUCAAUCUGUCGGCAAAACCAGUAUUAUCACGCGAUUCAUGUAUGAUAAAUUCGACAACACUUAUCAGGCUACAAUUGGUAUUGACUUCCUGUCUAAGACUAUGUACCUUGAAGAUCGUACAGUACGAUUGCAACUAUGGGAUACUGCAGGUCAAGAGAGAUUUAGGAGUCUCAUACCAAGCUAUAUCAGGGACUCCUCUGUUGCUGUCAUUGUGUUUGAUGUUGCAAGCAGGCAGUCCUUCUUAAAUACUUCAAAGUGGAUUGAGGAGGUUCGAACUGAGAGGGGCAGCGAUGUUAUUAUUGUCCUUGUUGGUAACAAAACUGAUCUAGUUGACAAAAGGCAAGUUUCAAUCGAGGAAGGAGAAGCAAAAGCUCGUGAACUAAAUGUGAUGUUCAUUGAAACCAGUGCAAAGGCCGGCUUCAAUAUUAAACCUCUUUUUAGAAAAAUCGCAGCAGCAUUGCCAGGAAUGGAAACACUGUCUUCAGCUAAGCAAGAAGACAUGGUUGAUGUCAACCUCAAGUCAAGCAACCCAAAUGCGUCCCAAUCACAACCACAGUCAGGAGGAUGUGCUUGUUAAUUUUAUGGUUUGCAAUUCUAUAGCUUUCAACACAAGUUCUUAAAUUUUGUUUUCCAUAACAAAUGUGUCUGUAAAUUUCUUUCGACUUUCGAAACAUUUGAAUACUUUGAGUUUUGUUAUUUGUUAAAGUUGGAUACAAGAGGUUGUCGUCCUAGUUGAGUAAGACCUAGCAUGUGUCACUUAUUUGUAUUAGUCUCUAGACCUAUGCAAUUUAGCAGUUCUCCUUUUGGGGAACAACUCUUCUAAGUGCAUACUAUCAGUUGAUUCAUUGUGGUUAUUUAAUAGGAAAUUUUGGUUGGACGUGCUUGA